AUGUAAACAUCAACUGGCCCAGAAAAGGAGCUGUAGCUCCGAUACGGCAAGAUAUAGAUAUAUUUUUUUAAUAUACCGGGUACAUUUUCAAAGACUUUUCUCGGUACAAGUUACAGCAGUUAGUCACGACGGGCAGGAAUGUGACGUUUCCCCCUGAAAGAAAAGGGGAGCGAACUCCUGCUGAAACUGCAGCACCAAUGAUACCACAGCCGACCUAGCUAGCCCACGCUAAUAUGGAUAGCUCUCUGGUUAGCUUCAUGCUCACGUAAUAUAUAUAUAUAUUUUUUUUUUCUUGACAAACCUUCGUGUUUAUCCUGCUUUCGUGAAAAGGAAAUCCAUCCUUUAUCAGUGACAAAGAUGGGAGUGAAGACGUUUACACACAAUUCACCCAGUCACAGUCAAGAGCUGUUGGACAAGCUCAAUUCGCUGCGCAGCGAGGGCCAUUUCUGCGAUGUUACUAUCCGUGUUCAGGGCCAGCUAUUCUCUGCCCACAAGGUGGUGCUGGCUUGCUGCAGCGACUUCCUCAAAGCUAAGCUCUCGGGGAAGCCAAGCGAGGACGAAGCCAGUGCAGAGGACAAUAAGGCAGUUCUGGACCUCCACCAUGUUACAGUAGCGGGCUUCGCUCCACUGCUGGAAUAUGCCUACACAUCCACACUGUCUAUCAGCACGGAGAACAUCAUCGAUGUCUUGGCUGCCGCCAGCUACAUGCAGAUGUUUGCAGUGGCCAACACUUGCUCAGAAUUUAUGAAGUCCAGCAUCUUGUGGAACUCAUCCUCAGCUUCCAGUAACACCGCCACUCUUCACCGGCCCCAGGAAGCUCCAGAAGGCGCCACAACUUGCACUCUGACUCCCCUGGAUGCACUUUCACCCUCGCCAGUGUCUUCAGAAUGCAGUGCACCUGAGCGGCCUGUCCCUGUGUGCCGUGAGUCACGCCGCAAGCGUAAAAGUUUCGCCAGCCCACAACCAACCUCCUCUUCCUCACCACAAGUCCCAAAUCCUUCACCUUCAUCAUCGUCCUUCCCCGAGAGCUCUGCUCAGACCCUGGAACCUUCCCUUGCUUUUUCUUGGACUUAUCCAUUUGGUGUAGACCGCCGCUUCACUUCAGAAAAAGCCAAACUUCCUGAGGGGUUGCUGGAGUCUAGUGCAGCAUCCGGACAAGAUGGAGGCAGUCGGGCACUUGUGGAGUACUUGUCCUGUGAGGGCCCUCGGGCGCUGGGUGUGGGUGGGACAGUCGUGGUAGAGGAGGAAGAGGAGGAUGUGCAAGUGAAGGUGGAGAGGCUAAGUGACGAAGAGGCACACGAAGAGGCAUCACAGCCAGUCAGUGCCUCGCAUGGCUCGCUGACUGACCAGCAAAAUGUGCCUGGCAGUGAGCACACCCAGGAGGAUCUGCUCAUCAGCCCUCAGUCUUCAUCCAUAGGCUCCAUGGAUGAGGGGGUGACCGAGGGCCUCCAGUCCAUCCAGGGCACUCCAAACACCACUGGCCACAUGGAGGAGGACGAAAGGUUGGAAAAUGUUCAGUACCCUUACCACCUGUACAUCAGCCCUUCCACACGCCCGGGACUCAACGGGCCAGAGCGGCCAUUCCAGUGCCCCACAUGUGGAGUUCGCUUUACUCGAAUCCAGAACCUUAAACAGCACAUGCUCAUCCACUCCGGCAUUAAGCCAUUCCAGUGUGACCGCUGUGGGAAAAAGUUCACACGGGCCUACUCCCUAAAGAUGCACCGUCUGAAGCAUGAAGGUAAACGCUGUUUCCGGUGCCAGAUCUGUAGCGCCACAUUCACAUCCUUCGGUGAAUAUAAGCACCACAUGAGGGUGUCCCGCCACAUCAUCCGCAAGCCUCGGAUUUACGAGUGCAAAACGUGCGGCGCCAUGUUUACCAACUCCGGCAAUUUAAUCGUACACCUGAGGAGUCUGAACCAUGAGGCAUCAGAGCUAGCAAACUACUUCCAGACCAGUGAGUUCCUCCUCCCAGACUACUUGAGCCACAUGCAGGAGGAAGAGGAGGAGAACCUGGCCCAUUUUGAGAUGACGGAGCAAGCCUUUGAUGUCACCGCCACCUCCUCCUCCUCUUCUUCCUCAGUACAAACGCCCGUCAUCUCCCAGGUCUCCUCAACCAUGAACUACGACUCGCGACCCUCUGCUUCUAUGGCCCAGAAUUCACCAGGCUCUCGAGCAGGCCAUGGGAGUGAGGAGGGAACACUAGGAGAGGAGGCAAAAAACACCACAGCUGUCACCUCUUUACCAGAGCCGGAGAAAGAGGAAAGGGAGAAAGAGGGUGAGGGACAGAACCAAAAGAAAGCACUUAUGUCAAUUACAAUCGAAUGAGAAACAUUCCAUUUAAUUAUUUUGGAAUUUGUGUACGUGUUUUUCAGAUCUUGUGGCCUAAAUCAGUAUAAUGCAAAAUAAAUAAAGUGAACACUGGACUGUGUGUGGGGAAUGCAAGUUUGGAUACUUAUUAUAGUUGACUUUUAAAAAGCUUCAUAUGUAGUUGUGAACAGUUCUUUAUAGGAAUGUUAUUCUUUUCGUUUGCUUUGUAUAGGAACAUAAGGUUAUAUGUUGUGAUUGUUUUAAAAUGUCAUGUAUUCUGAAAUUCAGACAUUGUAAACUUGAAAUGUUUAGAUGUUGUUUUUAACUGUCCUGUAAUUAAUUGAUUUUUUUUUUCCCUCUGAAGCUUUAUCAGCUAAAUCAUGACCCUCUAUGAGGCCAUAUGUCAAAGGAUUUUGUGUAUGAGUAAAAGCUGUGAGAUGAUUACACCUACGCCUUAUUCAGUCAGGCUGGAUCAUGCUAGACAGUGACUGGGAAAGUUGUUCCUCUAAGAUAUAUGGGGUGUUUUAAAAAAAUUUGAUGAUAUUUCACAAUCUAAUAACUUUACCAAUUCUCGUUCAAUUGACCUCAAAUUUUCACACCAUGUUUGGAAACUGGUCAGAAUUUUAUGUUGAAUGUUUGUUUUUUGUUUAUCUUUUUAGGUAUAGGAAUGCCAUUCACUGGAAAAGAAAAGGCAUUUUGUGUGUUGGCAUACAGUCGAACAAGUCAAAAAUUUGUGAAAUCGUUCAUGGAAUCCACAUACCUUUUUGAAUUUCUCAUUCAAAUUUUGAGGAAUAAAUCUUCUAUUGCUCAACAUUAAGCCUGUUCAGUUUCUUUUGCCUAGAGUAUGUAGUUUCUGGGAUAUUUACAUCUCAAAUAAUAUCAAUUUUAUUUUUGAAACACCCUGUAUUCCCCCCCCCCCCCCCCUUUCCUUGCCUCUUGUCCCUUUGAAGCAAUGUAUUUAGUCUUGUAAAGCAGAGCGCCUUAACUGUAGCACACUGCUCUUCCUGGCCUGCAACCUGAACUUUUGAGGCUAACAAUCUGAAAUGUGAAAGACUGUGCUAUUAUUUAAGCAGAAGUUGUCCAGUAUGGUGUGCUGUGUAGCCUGAUUUGGUCAAAUAAGCUUUGAGUCCAUUUAAGGAAUCCUUUGUUGGUUGUCUCCUUUUUCCAAAUGAGUAAAUUUGUUGAGGUUAAGUCGGCAUUUUGAGAGAUGCAUUGUAUUUAGGGUAACAAAGAGAGAAGCUAGCAAUCCCCCACCAACCCUCCAGUUUAUUUUCUACUGUAUAUCACGCUGCUAGAUUUUGACAGCUAUGCCUCACAAAUAGAAACCAUUUAAGCAUUUCUAUUAAGAACUUCAGUACAUGCAAGAAGGUGAUGAAAUGGAAGAAAGGAAAUAUCUUUCCCCAAUUCCACUAGUUAGGCUGUUCAAUGGAAUUUUUCUCCAUAACGCCUAACUAUAGGUACCUAAUAUGUUUCCAGUAAAAUCUGUGAAAUAUGACAUGAUUGUGAAAUCUGUAUGUAGCACUUGCUCAAUUUGGUCAUUAACAAAUGCACACGUGUGUGUGUGGUGGUAGUGGUUCCUUCCCCACUUAUAUUUGACAUUGCACAAGGCAAUCAUUUGGCCAAAAGCUGCUCCAUUCCAGUGUGAUGUUCUCAAUAAACCAACUGUCAAUUGUUUGGUAUGCAUUGUGCAAUAUCCAGCUUCUAGAUGUCAACCCGUUUUUCCAAAUAUGGCAAAAGAAUGUGAUUUAUAUAUGUGUGUGUAUGUGUAUAAUAUAUAUAUAUAAUUUUUUUUUGUGUGCGCGCACGCCAAGGCCAACAGACAGUAAACAGAUAAAAUCAAGGACACAAGGAUAAUUGCUAGGAGGAUUGGCUUUUGCACGUUCUCAAGGAAAUACAUUUCUUUUGAAGGACUUUAUGAAGUCCUUUGUACGGCAGUUUCAUUUCAUUUCUACAAUGCAGUUAAUGAACAACAAAUGAAACAAAAUAAAAAAAACAAACUUCAUAAUAUAUUAAUAUAUAGGAUAUGGUGGCUGAUUCUAUCACUUCAUCUUUUGAGUCCGUAUACUGAGUAAAUACAUUCGGUCAAAUCUCACUUCCUAUAUCUCAACAGGGUGUUUGUGGUAGAUUGAAACACCAGUGUCUUUAGUCUGAGCAUUUAUAGUGACGCAUUUUCCAUAACACAGCUUUCUGUAUCCGCUUUCUUUCUGUGGUAUCUGCAUGUUGUCCCAGUCUAAAUGAAAUAAGAGCAAAAUUAAUAUAGCAUGGGUUGAUUUUUAUUUGUUGGAUGUUUUGGAUGUGUGUGGAACUGCAGGUUUGUUUGUUUUUUUAUGUACAAUAUUCAAACUUCAGUGUCUGAAAUGUUUCAACAGAGAGAAAACUUGGUGUUUUAAUGGUCAUGAUGCUCUUUCUGAUCCUGCAUUAUAUUACAAUUCACCUUAAAGUGAAAUUUUGUACAUUUUCUUAUAGCAAUGUGAGUGUGAAUUGUUAUUUGACUUGAGCCUUGUAGUGUCUGCUUUUGUGACAAUGUCUUAAUGGUAUUUACUCAAACCUUUUUCUUUUUUUUUUGUAUCUUGUGCCUUGGAUAUUAAAUCUGUAGUAUAUUUUAAUGGCUAAAACAUACAUUAAUAUGACUUCAUACCAUUUUGUAGACAGAAUGCUGUUAGACUUACGAUGUAGCUAGUGAUUUGAAAAUAUUUUUUGAAGUGCUAUACUAUUGGUUUAAUAUGUGUGCUUGUGUUUAUUUUGAUAAUGACAAAUGUACCUUUAUUGUUUUGUACCUUUUUGGUGGUCCUUAUGCCAAGACAGAUUUGCUGAAUGAUGUUUUGUAAAGUCAGCAAGUUGCAACUGAAAUUAAAUGGUUACAACCUAGCAAAA